AUGACGUCGCAAGGUCGGGAAGGUACAAUUAGUGCCAAACAACGGGCCUCCUGCGGCACGUACCAGUUGUCGGGAACGCCGCACCUCGCCUGUCCCCGCCACUACAAACCCGUGUGCGGGACCAACAACGUGACCUACCCCAACGAGUGCUCUCUCUGCAGAGAAAUCCUCCACAACCGAGCCCUUGACAAGAAGCACGAUGGAAGAUGCGUUAAGCUCAGCUGUGCUGACCACCUGAGAUCAAGCAGCGGUCAUGCCAUCCCCUGCACCCUGGAGUACAUGCCCAUCUGUGGCACCAACGGAGUUACCUACAGAAACAAGUGUGACUUCUGCAAUGCUGUGGUGAAUGGACUGGAUGUCAACCUGCUCCAUCCCGGAGAAUGCUUCCAGCAAGAAGAGAUUGACUGCGGCAAACAGAAGGGCAACAAUCGCAUCUGCCCCGCCAACUACCACCCUCUUUGUGGCUCUGACGGCAAAACUUACGGGAACAAGUGCCAGUUCUGCAGUGCAGUUUUGCAGAGCCAGGGAACUCUGUUCCUCAAACACUAUGGAGAAUGCCAAGAGCUGCAGCCAUACCCUUCGCCCUGA